AUGUUUGUUUUUAUUGUUAGAUGUUACAAGACUCACACGUGGUAUCCUUACUGUCCUAACGGUGCUAAAUACAUUGUUAUUUACCGUGAACCAUGUGCUGCUUUCUACAGUCGCUUUAACUACCUAAAGGAUUGGAUAUUUCAACCUGGAGAACUUUCACUUCAUGAAUUUGUAAAAGAUUUUCUACUUGCUCAUGAUGUACCAAAAAGUAAGAUGAAAAAUGCAUCCUAUUUUGUGCACUUGCUCAGUUGGUGUGAACACAGGAAUGACUCGAAUGUUUUAUUUCUGUUCUUUGAGGAUAUGAAAGAUGAUUUAGAAAGUGUAGUUAGGAUGGUUGCGGCAUUUAUAGGAAUUAAGGAUGAAGAAAGGAUUAAGAAGGCUGUGGAAAUGAGCUCCUUUGAAUUUAUGAAGGAGAAUAAGGGGAAGUUUUCAGACGUACGCUAUGCGCGUUAUCGGAAUAAAGUUUGCGGCGUACCUGAUGAUGCUGUAGCCAGUAAGGUUGUCACGGGAUCUGCAACGAAAGGACGAGAGUUGAUGGAUGACAAAACUAAAGAAAUUAUUCAGGCAAAGUGGCUGGAAGUCGUUGGUAAACAAACCGGAUUUCAGGAUUACAAUGAGUUGAGAAGUGCGUUCAAAAAAGAAAAGAAAAAUUGUAAUUAA